AUGCAGCAACUGCCGAGAAUCCUCUGUGUCCUCGUCGGAAGACCCGUUGUACCCAAUCUGUGCUCCUUCGUCUUGCUUUGCUCGCUUGGCGUCAGUGGCGAAUUACUUACCGAGGUUCUUGCGAUCGAUUCCCUCUUAGAGGUCUCCGCCGACGCUGCUGGAUUCUUCAAUGCUGUCAUUGUCCUCGCCGCUGGAUCUCCUGACUACAGUUUUUACUUUGUCAACAACAAGGGACAUCUUAAGGGCCGCUUUAUUUCCUCGCUUGUGUUGAGGAUUGACGGUCAUCUUGCUUCUUGCAAGGGUUCGACGGCCGGCUUUGAGGCUAGUGAUGUAGUGUUCGUCGGUUUCUGCCGUAGACGCUGGAUCCCGUAA